GCUGGCAUGUUUAUUUGGGAAGAAAAAAAUUUUCUCUGAUUUGCUGUUUGUAAGUAUGCAUAUAUUUUUCCCUGCUGCACUUUUGUUGUUAAUCUAAGAUUUAACAUAAGAUCUACUCACUUAACAAAAUGUAAGUAUACAUUUUUAAAAGAUUUAUUUAUUUCUUUGAGAGGCAGAGUUAGAGAGAGAAGGAGAGAAAGAGAGAGAUCUGUCUACUGGCUUACCCCCCAAAUGACGUCUAUGGUCAGGGUUGGGUCAGGGUGAAGCUAGGAUCCAGGAGCUUUAUCUGGGUCUCCCACGUGGGUGCAGGGGCCCAAGUACUUGGGCAUCUUGUGCAGCUUUCCCAGUCACAUUAGUAAGGAGCUGGAUUAGAAGUGGAGCAGCCAUGACUUGAACUGGCAUACAUGUGGGAUUCCAGCAUGGCAGACAGCAGCUUUACCCACUAAAUCACAAUGCUGGUGCCAUAUGUGUAGCUUAUUGCUGACUAUAGGCACAAUGUUGUACAGCAAAUCUCUAGUUUACUUGACUUUCUUGACUAUUCUUUUUUAAAUUUAUUUAUUUGAGUAGCAGAGAAACAGAGACAGAGAAAGCUCCUAUCUGCUUUUUUGCUCUCCAAAUGCAUACAAAUGGCUGGAGCUGCGCUGAGACUGUAGCUGAGAGCCAAGAUCUCAAUCCAGUUCUCUCAUGUAGGUGACAGGAACCAGUCACUUAGGCUAUCACCUCUGCUUUCCAUGGUCUGCAUUAACAGCUGAAGACGGAAACUGGGGCUGGACAUCAAACCCAGAAUCCAGAUGAGCCUUUGUCUGAGGAUGGUAUAACCAGGGCAAGCAAGCAACAUGGGAACCUCUAGAGAAAUAAUGAAGAAGACGUCAAAAAACAUGAUGUGAUGUCUCCUAGUAGAGACAGGGCACGAGGGGCAGGGAAGAGGAGGUGGCCUGAUCCAGGACGAUGAUGAUGCAAUGUUGAAGAAUAAGUUGGAGGAGAGAAGAAACAGGCACCAUGGAAAAAACCAAAACAAAGCAAGGAGACAAUGAGCACAUGCCGGUGAACAAUCCUGCCACGCAGAUUUACCAGGCCUCGAAGUACAAGUCUUCCCUGAACCUACCUCCCGUGGGAGCGCGCCUCCAGCGGCAGGAUGGAGGGAUCAUAACCUCUCUAGAGCAGCUCCAUGAAAAAAUCAACGAGAUGAGGAACGUGUUCAACUCGCUGGAGAACAAGUUGCAGGCCCUAGCCUCGGAACUCAAAACUGGAUUCACAGAAGCAAUGCAAGAACUGACAAGAAUUCAGCAUGGAGAAUAUGCUCUGGAAGAGAAGGUUAAGAGCUGCCGAUGUUCCAUGGAAGAAAAAGUUACUGAGAUGAAGAAUUCCCUAAACUAUUUCAAGGAAGAGCUGAGCAAUGCCAUGUCAAUGAUCCAGGCCAUCACUUCCAAACAAGAAGAAAUGCAGCAGAAAAUCGAACAGCUUCAGCAGGAGAAGCGGAGAGAAUCUCGAAAAGUUAAAGCUAAGAAAACUCAGAAAGAAGAACAUAGCCCACAAGCUGGACCUGCACAAGCACAGGGAAGUCCUUUCCGUUCCAUCAACAUCCCAGAGCCUGUCCUUCCAAGUGAAGAUUUUACCAACCUUUUGCCUUCUCAGGCCUAUGAAAAAGCCCAGGAUUCCAGAUCCAUUCAUGUGGGAGAUGGUAAUGUGAAGGGAAUGAUGGGUCCUGGAGUGAACCCAACAACUCCAGAAGCUGACGAAAACCUCAAGACUUGCCUCUCGACUGAUAUCCCAUCCAAGGGCCAUCUCUCAUCUGGCGUGUGGAGGCAGCCCAAGGAUGGCAAAGAGUGGGGGGAGGAAUAUGUCACGAAAGACCACCCGGAUAAACUCAAGGAAGCUGGCCAGGGUAGACACAGCUCCUUGGAAAAUGUUUUAUGUGAAACUUCUUUGGCUGCCAAAAGACAAACUGUGGCUCUAGAACUGCUUGAAUCUGAAAGAAAAUAUGUCAUCAACAUCUCUCUGAUCCUGAAGAUAAAGGCAACAUUCCAGGGGUCAGAUGGAAAGAGGAAUUCCAAAGAGAGAAGCCUCUUCCCCGGCUCCUUACGGUACCUUGUUCAGCAGCACCUGGACUUGCUGCAUGCCCUGCAGGAAAGGGUCCUGAAGUGGCCGCGCCAAGGAGUCCUCGGAGAUUUAUUCCUUAAACUGACAAACGACGAGAAUAACUUCUUGGAUUAUUAUGUUGCCUACCUGAGGGAUUUGCCUGAAUGCAUCUCAUUGGUUCAUGUGGUGGUUCUGAAGGAGGGUGAUGAAGAGAUUAAAUCUGACAUCUACACACUGUUUUUUCACAUAGUCCAGCGCAUCCCCGAAUAUCUGAUACAUCUGCAGAAUGUCUUGAAGUUCACAGAGCAGGAACACCCUGACUAUUAUCUACUACUGGUGUGUGUUCAGCGCCUCCGAGUAUUUAUCUCCCACUACACCCUGCUAUUUCAAUGCAAUGAGGAUUUGCUUAUUCAGAAACGGAAAAAGCUCAAGAAGUCAUCCAUGGCAAAGCUGUACAAAGGGCUGGCUUCCCAGUGUGCAAAUGCUGGCCAAGAUGCUUCCCCCACUGCAGGUCCUGAGGCUGUCCGGGACAGUGGCAUCCACUCAGAAGAGAUUCUGCAGCCCUACCCUUCUGCUCCCAGUUCUGGUCCUGCUGUCACGCACUUGAUGCCCCCCGUGAAGAAAAGCCAGCAGCAGCCAAGCCUGAUGGAGAGCCUGCAGCCCGGGAAGCCCGGUGACUGGGAGAUGGAGGGCAGAAAGCACGAGAGGCCCGAGAGCCUGCUGACGCCCGCGCAGUUCUGUGCCGCCGAGCAGGACGUGAAGGCGCUCGCCGGGCCCCUGCAGGCCAUCCCGGAGAUGGACUUCGAGCCCUCUCCGGCCGAGCCGCUGAGCAACGUGGAGCGCUCCCUGCGCGCCCCGGCCGAGCUCCUGCCCGACGGCCGCGGCUACGUGCCCGCAGGCUACGAGGAGUUCGAGUACGGCGGCGAGAUCUUCGCGCUGCCCGCGCCCUACGACGAGGAGCCCUUCCAGGCCCCGGCCCUCUUCGAGAACUGCUCGCCCGCCUCUUCCGAGUCCAGCCUGGACAUCUGCUUCCUGCGGCCCGUCAGCUUCGCCAUGGAGGCCGAGAGGCCCGAGCACCCGCUGCAGCCGCUGUCCAAGAGCGCCACGUCGCCGGCGGGAAGCAGCGGCGCCUACAAGCUGGAGGCGGCGGCGCAGGCGCAGGCGCAGGCGCACGGCAAGGCCAAGCCGCUGAGCCGCUCGCUCAAGGAGUUCCCGCGCGCGCCGCCCGCCGAGGGCGUGGCCCCGCGCCUCUACAGCACGCGCAGCAGCAGCGGCGGCCGCGCGCCGCUCAAGGCCGAGCGCGCCGCGCAGCCGCACGGCCCGGCCGCCGCCGCCGCUGCCGCUCGCGGGGCGCCGCGGACCUUCUUUCCCCAACAGAGGUCCCAAAGCGAAAAGCAGACCUAUUUGGAAGUAAGGAGGGACAUGCAUUUAGAAGAUUCCACCAGAUUCUGUCCAAAGGAAGAAAGAGAAAGUGAACAAACAUCGUUCAGCGAUCAAAACCCCAGGCAAGACCAGAAAGGGGGCUUUCGAAGCUCCUUCCGCAAGCUCUUUAAAAAGAAAAAUGGGAACGCAACUGGUGAAGAUUUCUGUGGUCCUUGGGGCUGGUGGUGACAUCAAAGCUUUCCCAUUUCCAGAUUUUAGGUCCAGUGGAUCAGAAUACAGGGAAAAAACUAAUGAGAAUCCCUCAAUGGAUCCUUCACCCACCAAACAAGAUUUCUUCAGAAACCGACUUGCUCUUGCAAAUGACCUUGACCAAGGAACAGCUGUGUAAAACAUACUUAAAGUUGUAUUGUCAAGUGGUAAGAUGAGGAUAAAAAGCUUGUAUAUAUCUGUGUAGGAAUAUAUAUAUAUAUAUCGAUGUAUAAAUUCCUGAGGAAAACUAACAUAAAUACUUACAUAUGAAACUAAAUCAACAUACAAGACAUUGAAGAGAUGGAGAUUAGUCUAUUGUUAAGACCUGGCUUUUUGAACCUUAACACUUGGGAAAAGGGAACUGAAGACUUUUCACAUCAUUACAGAAAAACACAAUAAAUUUGGAGGAAAAUAAAUGUUUGUAAGAACAAAAAUUUCCAUCUUGAGUCAUUCCCCAAGUAUAACUUUGAGCAUGUUCAUAUUUAAUAUGGAUGUAAAUUUUAUGCUUGCUAGACAUCUAGCUUAUUAACUCAUCCUAGAGUUCUUAGGUGAAUAUACACGACGUGAGGAGCCAGGUCUGUCUUGUCAU